CGCAUGUUCGAGGUCUCGAAGAAAGCAGGAUAGUUUUAUAUUAGUAAAAUUAACGUUUGUGCUUGGAUUCUUCAUAACUGUGUGAGAUAAGCCCUGUGACAGAAAUCUCAGGGAUGCAGAACUAAUAACAUGUCGUUUAAAACGUGUUGAACAACUAUGCCAGUUGCCAACCUCUGUACUUCAGCAACUUGCCAUGUGUGGUUAUUAUGAAGAUUUGGAGAAAGGAGUUACAUUGUUUAGACAAGGAGAUCCAGGACAGUGCUGGUAUGCGGUCUUAGGAGGGUCAGUGGAUGUAAAAUUAAUUCAACCUGAUGUGGACCCUAAAAUACCAGUGACACUAUGCAGUCUUGGUGUAGGGGCCACUUUUGGAGAGUCGAUUCUGCACGAUCUUCCUCGGGAGAGUACUGUCACCACCAGGACGACGUGCGAAUUGUUGAGAGUGGAACAACACGACUUCAGGCUGAUUUGGGAGAAAAACAAAGAGUUGAUGAGCGAAUUAGUGGCGAAUCGAAAAUUGAAAAAUGGAUUUGGACCAGGGGUGUGUCUCACAGGCACCCAACGAGAAGGUUCUCCAACAGGAAAAAGUUCCCACAGUUUAGACGGACCCAACCCUGCCGAACCUAUAACCGAGGCACCAAGUCCUGCAAUGGCUCGUAUCGGUUGGGCCUUACGAGUAAUAUUAUUGAGCGAAACUGGAGGUUGUUUGAAAGACAGAAAAUUAUCAGGUAAACCAGUAAGACGAUGUGCACCUGGCACAGAGCUGGUGGACUGGCUGGUCGCCCUUUCUCCUGCAGUCCAUGGACGUCUGCAGGCCCAAGGCAUGUGGCAGGCCUUGCUGGAGGAAGGGGUUAUAGCACAUGUUGCCCAUGAGCAACCCUUUAAAGACAAAUGUUUCCUAUAUCGGUUUCGUCAAGAUGAAGAUCCACCAGGAGGUGCAACCACUGGAAGUAACAACAAUGCUCUUCCAAGUAUGGAAGAACUGGCCAGGGCUGAAGAACAUGUCAGAGACGCUCUUGCUGCCUUGGCACACAGGGCUUCUGAUGCACUUUUGAGGAUGAUACUUAGAAAACCGAGCCAUGAACGGACUCAGGACGACUUGGAAACUAUUUAUGAAGAACUUCUGCACAUAACGGCUCUUUCACACUUGUCCAAUUCCGUAAAACGAGAACUUUCUGCUGUGAUAGUAUUUGAGGCACAUCCACAAGCCAGUACAGUUCUUUUUCAUCAAGGAGAUGAAGGACGAUCUUGGUAUAUUAUUUUGAGAGGAUCUGUAGAUGUUGUAAUACAUGGAAAAGGCACUGUUACAACAUUACAAGAAGGAGAUGAUUUUGGAAAAUUGGCUCUUAUCAAUGAUGCUCCAAGAGCCGCCACAAUAGUUCUUCGAGAGAAUAAUUGCCACUUCCUCCGAGUAGACAAAGACCAUUUCAACCGAAUUCUGCGUGAUGUUGAAGCCAACACUCUUCGUCUUCAGGAACAUGGUCAGGAUGUUCUGAUACUCGAAAAAAUUCCUCAACAAAAACAGCAUUCACAUUAUAAGUAUACUGUGAUGGCUGGUACUCCCCAAAAGAUGCUGGAACAUCUUCUGGAAACCAGACUGGACGCUAGAGGUAACGGAGGCGUUGGAGGAAGAGGUGAACCAGCUGGUAGAGAUCCAUUUCUGGAUGAUUUUCUGUUGACUCACAUUGUAUUUAUGCCAACACAUCAACUUAUUGCAGAAUUAGACAGACAAUUUCAGUGUACCUAUAGGAUAGACUCUCCAGGUCAAGAUCGAGAAUUUUUAUUAGCAUGCAAACGUAGAGUCGUCCAAUUCGUCCACAGAUGGGUGCUCACGAUACGCCAAAAAGUUUUUGAAGAUCCUGGCACAACAGAAUUUCUCGAGGAUUUGGCAAGUGAGGUUGAAGCAGAUUGCAUACAAUGGACAUGUCUUCAAGAAGAAGCAUCUUUAAUGCAUCAUGUGAUGUCACAACUUAGACGUCACCAGACUGAUAUUCAACGUCACAGUGGUCAGAGGUGGAAACUUCCACCAUGUGGACAACCUGUUAGUUUAUUUAGUACAUCUGGUGUUCAAGAUUCCAGGACGAUCAUCAGACCUGAUGAUGACAUAAUUUUCCGAGUCUACUGCGCCGAUCAUACCUAUUGCACCUUAAGAUUUCCAAUAUCGGCGACUGCAGAAGCAAUAAAAGUUUGUGCAGCUGAAAAAUUACAAUUAAGACCUGCAGAACCAGAAGAUUUAGUCCUGGUGGAAGUAAAAAGCACAGGAGAAAGAGUUGCUAUGAGAGAUGACGACGUCAGUGUUCCUACAUCUUUAAGUUUGAAUGGAAGGAUAUUUGUUACUCCCAAGGAUCACAUGGAUGCACUGACUUGUCUAGCCGAGCAAGAAGUAGCAACAGAAGGUCUAGACAUGGACUUAGAAUUAUUUGGAACCAAAGAAUUAGCAUAUCAUAUGACUUUAUUCGAUUGGGACUUGUUUUAUUGUGUUCACGAAUAUGAAUUAAUAUACAGAACAUUUGGAAGACACCAUUUUGAUAGGAUUACUGCCAAUUUGGACGUAUUUUUAAGAAGAUUCAAUGAAAUUCAAUUUUGGGUCGUCACGGAAAUCGUGCAUGCUACCAGUUUGGGGAAAAGGGUCUCAGUUUUGAGGAAGCUGAUAAAAUUGGCAGCAUAUUGCAAAGAAUACCAGAAUCUCAACGCCUUCUUCGCCAUCGUCAUGGGUCUAAGCAACAUGGCAGUAUCUCGUCUGACGUUGACCUGGGAAAAGUUGCCUUCAAAAUUCCGGAAAAUGUAUACAGAAUUUGAAUGUCUAAUAGACCCCAGCAGGAAUCACAAGGCUUAUAGAUUGAGUGUUGCCAAAAUGUUGCCACCAGUUGUUCCAUUUAUGCCAUUGCUUCUUAAGGAUAUGACAUUCACCCAUGAAGGAAACAGGACUUGUGUGGAAGGAUUGGUGAAUUUUGAGAAAAUGCAUAUGAUGGCACAGACUAUGAGGACUAUACGGUAUUGCAGGAGCAGACAUUUAGUCCUAGAACCACCAUCCCCAAAAAGUGAAUCAGAAGUAAGAUCUUACAUAAGUUGUCUUCGAACCAUUGACAAUCAGCGAGUGUUAACUUCCAUGUCCCAAAAAUUAGAACCAAGACGAUCAUAAAAUCAAGAAACUUCAUAGGUGAGACAAAGGUAAUUUAUUAUAUUUUAAUAAAUUAAAAAAGAAAGAAGUUACA